GUGUGCUGCCAGGUGGGCGACGCCAUCAUGGUUCAGAGACUCAGAACUCAAAGGCAACAGGUCGAUGGGUAUGAAGUAUGUGACAGAGGUUGGUGUUGCGCAGGCCGAAAGUGUCACCCGAGCUAUCGUGCCAUCGAAGAUCCAACUCGUCAGGGUCGAUCUGAACAUCCCAGGCGUCCAAUCGCAGGGGCAUGCCAAAGAAGUCAUCAUGGACGAAGUGGAGCGGUUUGGAAGCCUUUCCACAAAGAUAGUGGUACCAUGGCGUUUUGAGCGUGGAUUGCCAGGGAUGGCAGGAGUGCUUGGAGGAGUGACCAUAGGAGCCAUCGAUCCCGACAGAGCGCAGAGGACAAACAAAUGCACGGAGCGCGAGCUUGAACCAAAGACUGACAAGCCAUGGAAGGAAAAGACGUUGAAGAAGAAAAGUAAGAAGGCGGCAACGGCGAGCGAGAACGAUCAGAGUCGGCCAUGGUUUCAACACUCGCAACAGGCUAUGCGGCAGGAGGUGCAACAAGCAGAGAUUCCACAAAAGGACAUCUCCAAGUCGGGCGACCUCUAUCCGCACAGCAUAAGCUCCAAAGGUUGGAAGUUGGCUUUGCUUGAGAUCCGGAUUGAACGUCCAGCCAACAGGAACGGCCUGAACACGGGAUUUGUAGCGCAAAUUGCGUUGUGGUGUCAUAGUGGUCGCUCUGGGGUUUUCCUGGACCGGUUUGCAAAAGAAAGGGAUAGUAGCAAGUUUGUCUCUUGGCUUGACCACGGCGAGCUUGAAGCGAUUGAGUAUUUGAACUUGGCCUUGACCAAAGCUAUAACUCUUAAGGCUGGUGUCGCUUGGCGAGCUGGUGGGGCCAAUUGCUUGGGGUUGCGUUCUUCGGUCGCUCCUACUGAACAAUCUGUCUCCGUUUGGCGUGCUAAGGCUGUGCCGUUUGCUUGGUCUGAGUCUGAUUUGUUUCAAGUCCUGAAGGAUGCCGGCUGGACUGAGCUUAGCGUGGUUGCCUACCCCACCAAGAAGGUGCGGCCUUGGCUCUUAAAAGCUAAGCCUCCUGCCGUGCUGACAGGCGGCUUUGCUGGCAUUGAGGUUGGUGAAUCAUUGGUCAUCAUGGAAAAAGCUGGGGCCCAUGGUCCUGUCAACCGUGAAUCCAAGAAGCUGGUUUUGCGUCCUGGGGUUGGUGCUUCUGCCAGUGCUAUCACUCCUAGUGUGGAAAGUUCUCAGGUUCCUACUGUUGCGGCUACUCAGAUGGAAGUCUCUGAGGAAGAAGAGGACAAGGACAACCAAGAGGGAAAGGGUGGUGCUAAGCGUACUGGUUCUCCGCCGGGUUCGGCUGAACAUGUCAAGACCAAGCAAAAGACCGCUUCGGGCGCUGUGCAACCUCGCAAAUUGGUCUUUCCUGGUUUCGUUGAGCGUGAUUGUGGUGCGGAGGGUUCUUGUGGCUUCAAUGCUAUUGCUGUUGGUGCUGCGUUGAUGCGUGGUUCUUCUUGGGAUGAUGUUCAAUCCAAAAAGGCGGCCAUGGGGGCCACUCUGCGGGUUCAAGUUGGUCAGCAUAUCACUAAGCAUGAGUCCACUUGUAAGCCUUUCUGGUCGCCUGAUGUGUCUAACAUCACCGCCGAAAAGGAAGACGGUGCCAUUCCCACGGAUUGGGCCAGUUGGCUUCAAGCCAUAAGGAGGCAUAAGCGUUGGAUUUGUGGUUUAACGAUCAAGGCUGCUGCUACAAGGCUUGGUGUCAAAAUCAUUGUCGUGAUAAAACAGCCUGAUGGCAGCUGGGGUUUGCAUAUGGCCUUUGGCAGCACAAAAAAGAAAGAAAUUCCGAUCCUCAUCGGACUUGAUGAAGGUGCUGGUCACUAUGUGCUUUUGGUCCCUGACUCUGAGAGCAUGAUUCCUAGGUCUUGGUUUAGUGCCGGUCAAUGUGAAGGUUGGUUGCCUUCUGGUACGCCUAGUCGCGUUCCGUCUGGUUUGUGUCCUAAUGGUAGCUUACUCGCUGUUCCUUCUGCGGCUUCCUCUGUGCAAGCUGUGGCUGCGCCAGCGGUCGAAGUUCCUGUUGCGAGCUCGGUGGCUGCUGAUGGAUCCAAGGUUGAAUGGACUUGUACGAAGUGCUUGAAAGUUGUUACUGCUGCUACGGCCUCUUCUUUACAGCGGAAACGACGUGUUCAUCUGGCUCUCCAUGUUCAGGCUCAGGUUCCUGCGGCUGCUAUUCUCCCUCCACGUGGUCCCGAGCUGAGAGUUUGGACGUGUCAUCAUUGUGGUCAAAGAUUUGAGGCUCCUUCUGGUCUGGCUUUAGGCUCUAAACGCACUAAUCACUUGGCUACCCGCCAUCCUGGUGAGGCCAAGGGUCACUGGGUGCGUAAAACGGUUGAGGUUCUGGCUACUUCUCCUGAAUUGCCCUUAAAUCAGAGAAAGUGGACUUGCGUGUGGUGCAAAGAAGGGUUGCCUGACUUGCCUCGGUGGCAGCUGAUGAAGUCCAUCGCUGCACACCUCAAGCAGCGCCACGGGAAGCGGCAGACAUCUGCUGCUGCGUCUAAUAAAGCCCGCGGCAAGCUUUACCGGCAAGAUAAGUUGGCUAACCCGGUCAUGCUUGAAGGUAAAAAGGUCUUGGGUCGUAAGUUGCGGCAGCGUGCUAAUGAUCGCCGCGAUUGGCAGGUUGAAGGGCAUGAUUUACACAUUGUCAGCGGGGUUGAUUGGAAGAGUUGGCACGGCGUCACGAUCACUAAGAGAUUGGGAGCGCAGGGUGACACCUUGCUCACUUGUAAAAAGCGUUUGUUGAUUACUCGGGCUCAGCAUUCGUUUAAACCUUGCAGGGGCAAUCACAAAGUCACCACUGCUCAAAUGGGUCUGUGGCGGCAAAUGAGCCUUGGUAACAAAAUGGCUGUGCUUGACGUUUGGCAGAUGUCCUUGGCUGAAGCUGAUCAGGUGUUUGAAUCGGCUGCUGCCACGUGGCGGUCCAACCCUAAGCAGUUAGGUCAUGACAUGGUUGAAGUGUUUGGUCCCAAAAAGUACAUCACUUGUCGCAACUGUUGGUUCAUCCGGCAGGCUCCUGGUAAGCUUGUUGCGUGCCCUGGCAGAUCAAGGGCUCCCACUCAGUUGCAAACAACCACUUGGAUUAGCUUGAAGAAACAGCAUGGCUUGCAAGCUAAAUUUGCUGAUGAAUGGGGUGUCUCUGUUAAAGAGGCAACGGCGUGGUAUACUUGUAAGCCCGGCCGCCGUCUCAAGAGACCUGCGUCCAAGCAUGCGGUUGACGACUCUUGGAAGCAUGAUGUUGUUGAAGAUGGUGACGUUCAUCCUCAUCCUGGGCCUUCCUGGCGCGUUGUUUCCUUGAAUGUUGGCGGAAUGCCUGGUGCUUGGCGGGCUGUGCGCGAGUUGCUUUCUCCCAGUGACUUGGCUGUCUUGGCGUUGCAAGAAGUUGCUGGGUCUACUAACGAGCUGAUCAGUUUGCAAAGGGCUGCUCUCAACCUUGGUUACCGGUUUAUCAUGAGGCUGGCAAACCUAGUCUUGGGGGCUGGGGUGAAACGCGGCAAAAAGGAUGUGUUGCCUACUCAGCCUUGGCUUUUGUGUGGUGAUUUUAAUGAGCUGCCGGCGUCUAGCGUGGUGGGCACUUGCAUGAGUUGUUUCGGUGGCGUUGUUGUUGCUUCCGAUAAACCGACUCGGUGGGAUGGGUCUCGCACGGUUGAUUGGAUGAUUACCAAUCGGUGUAGGGCCCUGUCCCCUCCUUGCUUGUUGUCCAUUGCCUUAAGUGACCACAUUGCUGUCUCGGUUGAUUUGCAUGGCGUGUCUCAUGAUGUUCAACUUGGUCGGUUGCGUAAAACUGCUUGCCUUGCUUGUCCUUCUAGUGUUGAUCGGGAGUACUGGGAAAAAGCCAUUACGGAUGUUUGGCUUGCUAGUGCUGCUGUGAGGGAGUUUCUUGAACAUUUGCGCCAUGGUGAGUGCCUUUCUGUUCAAGACGAGUGGGACGCCUUCCAGCAACUGCUCACGUCUACUGUGUUGAAAGCUUGCUUGGAUCUGAGCCAAAAUGGGUUUCUUAGUGUUGAAGCUCGCGAUGCUUGUUUGUGUGCUUCUGGGCAGCGACCCUUCAAGGGUCAGCCUGGUGUCCAUGUGCUUGCCUCUUCUGCUCAAGGUCGCGUUCGGCAUGAAGCUGGUGAUUUGCGUGCUCGCAAGUUGCGGACUUGGUUGGCCCGCUGCUAUGAGUACAAACGCUUGCUUUGUUGGUCGUUUGAAAAUCCGUUGUCUCGGGCGCAGGCCAUCGAACUUGAAGGCUUGACCUCUCGGUUACGUCAUCGUUUUGGCAAUUCGCUUGCCUUGCGUGAUGUGCUUGCUCAUAUUGCUUCUCUUAAAGCUCAGCUUCGGCAGCAUGAAAGCAGUGUAACAGCUCGUAGGAUUCGUGAGUGGCGGGGUGGCCUUGUUUCUUCGGACGCUGCUUUGUCGCGUUGGCUGAAAAGCAAACUUAAUCCUGUCGCUGUUGCUGUGACUGACCUUGAGGGUCGCAUCGCUGAAACUGAUGUGUCUGCGGCGCAAAUGAUUUUUGAGUAUUGGGAUGACUUCUGGAAGCUUUCCGGUGCUUCUAAGCCCUCCUUGGAGUCGAGGGUGCGGUCAAUGCUUCAAGACAUUGCGCCGCUGGCCGAUGAAGGUUGGCGUGGUCCGUCUGCGCAAGCUUUGAGGUCUGUCGCUUGUGAUAGCGCUGGUGCUUGCGGUCCUGAUGGCUGGCAGGGUGUUGAACUUGCUUGGCUUCCGCUUGAUAUUUGGGAUUGCUUUGCGCUCCUGUCUGAUCGGUGGUUGCAGUGUGGCAGUGUUCCUUCUCAGAUGUGUGAGAGUCGCAUGGUGUGUCUUCCUAAACCCGGCAAGAUCCGUGCUAACAAUGUCGUUUCUGUGCAAGACACUCGUCCUAUCACUGUACUUUCAUGUUGGUGGAGGAUUUGGAGUAGCACCUGGACUCGUAGCGUUGUGCGUGCUUGGAUGCGGGCUCACAUUCCUCAGGAGUUUGCUGUGGCUCAUGCAGUGUCUUGCGGUGAAGUCAUCGUUGAGUUGCUUGACCAGUUGUCUACGCGUGGUGUGGCAUACUCAGCGGAGAUGGGUUUCUUACCAAUCUCACACGCACCCGGUGACCUUGUCUCGUCCUUCGAUGCCGCAGGGCGACCCGUCCUUUGUCCAAACAAAGGACAGUAUCCUCACGGUGGUGGUUCCUGGUGUGGGGUGAACGAGAGCAACGGUGUGGGACAGGUGGAACCUUUGGUUGUGGAGGUUCUGAUGGUGGAGGAGCCUGUGAAGUAG